GGAGCGGGUGGAGAUGAGUCGUCUCCUCCCCCCUCGGAGUGCCUCAAAAGUCACCUCAGAGGAAGGAGAACCUCCACCGUUGUUGGUAGUCCCACCAUGGAACGUCGUCUGCUGGGCCUGAUGCUGGCGCUUCCUCCCCUCUUGUCUCCGUGCGCAGGAGGGUGGUGCUACCAGAACCAGUACUCCUGUGACGACACUUGCAGAGACCCGAGCAAGUGGUUUUCGGACUUCCCUCGCUGCGGCGGCCUGCGCCAGUCGCCAAUCAACAUCGUCAGCCGCAAGGUUCACGUCAACACGGCGCUGCCCCCGCUGGAGUUCAUGGGUCAUACGGAUCGGCUCAACGUCACCGUGGAGAACAAAGGACAUUCAGCUCACUUCCACCUGCCUCAGUCGGUGCGUCUGACCGGCGGCGCCCUGCCGGGCCGCUACCGGGCCGCCCAGUUCCACUUCCACUGGGGGGCCAGCGGAAGCCCCGGAUCGGAGCACACCGUCGACGGAGAGAGAUUCCCCAUGGAGCUUCACAUCGUGCACAUCAAGGAGCCGUACGGAUCGCUGACAGAAGCGGAACACGACAUGGCCGGAAUCGCCCUCCUGGCAUUUCUCUUUGAGGAAACCACCGAGGACCACCCUCACCUGGACGCACUCAUUGCGGCGCUGGGACGAGUGCAGCGCAACGGCUCCACGGCGGUGCUACCCGACUUCCGGCUGAGCGACAUCGUCCCGCCGUCCACGGAGCUGCGGGGCUACUAUCGCUACGUCGGCUCCAUGACGACGCCGGGGUGCGAGCAGGCGGUGGCGUGGACCGUCUUCCUCAAGACGCUGCCCGUCAGCAGCCGGCAGCUGGACGCCGUGGUGCAGCAGUGUCGCUUCUGGACGGGUCAGCCCAUGAUGGACAUCUUCAGACCCACUCAGCCGCUGGACGGGCGCGUGGUGUAUCGCUCCAACUCGGCCCGCGCCGUCACUCCCGGGCAGCUGCGCUCGGCCGCCUUCUGGGUCGCGCUCAUGUCAGCCGUGCUCACUCCUUGA